UUUGGCACACAGCCUGCUGCUGGUGGUCAUGCCGUAUUUUUAGCACACUAGCUAGGCCGAGCUAGCAAGCUAACCUUUUCCCACUUCCGGCAGUAGUCAGCGACAAAAAGCUACAUCUUAUCUUCCAGGUUGUUGGCUCGACCGGGGGCGUCCGUGUGAGAGUGAGGACUCGCUGGCGUUUACAUUUCUUUAAUUUUCCUUUUACAUUCUCCUCGCCCAAGCCCAGCGUGACUUUUUUUGUGUGACGCGAACACCCGCAGGCUAUGAUAAGCUAAGCUAACUAGCAGCGCCUGAGCUCAACAUUUUAGCUAGCUUCGCUCGUCGUCGACAACUUGGUGGGCACAAUUUCGGCCUGGUUAUCAACAGCCAACCCGAUAAACAAUUCCCCUUUAUCUUUUCUUUCAACUGCUUGAAGUUUCGGUGAUCUCUUCCUCCGUCGUCACAAGCUCGCCCUGUCGCAUGCCAUGUCAAGAUAAAUCGACAAUCCAGCUGGAGUCCCCCGUUCUUUCAGUCGACGAGCGGCGUGAUCUGUCUCCCGGCGGCGGGCCCAUUAUUCACUUCACGGCGUUGUCGUCCAACGUUUUUUGUCCCCCUUCGCGUUCUGUGCGUUUUGUUGUUUGUGAGGAGCAGCUAAUAAUGGCGAGCACACACACACACAAAACAACAAGCUCGCUUGUCCAAAAUGGCCGACCAAGAGGAAGAGGAACGUGACGUGUGUGACCGGUGACCACGAGAGGCGGGGGAAACCAAGUCACGUGACCACAAUGGGCGUAUUUAAAGUGACUGGCGGGAGCCGUUGUGAAUGACUCGUUAAACUGCCAGCGUCGUCUAUUGGCUUUUAUUACCGGCUUGUGGGAGGAAAUGAGUUUCAGUGGCAAAGUGAGACAACACGGCCCAGCGAGGUCCAACGAAAACGCUAAAGUGAGCGUAAAGAGCUUUUUCUCCCAACCCCCAAAGGCGAUGGGCUCAUCCAGACCGAUGCUGCAGGUCCUGCAACCCGUGGCCGUCAACACACAAGUGGGAAAGACAAGUCAGGCUGGAAAGAGCAUCCCCAAACGCAAACAGUGGAGUGCGGAGCAAAGCCGAGGCCUGAAGAGGGUGAAGGUGGAAGUGAAAUCGACACAGACCGACGCAGUUUCCACUUUGAAUGACUGUGCCUCCGACGCCUACGAGCUUAUGGUGAAAGAAACGCCACCUCCCGCCUACUGGAAAGAGGUGGCGGAGGAGCGUCGCAAGGCUUUGUUCGAUGUUCUACAGGAGAACGAGAAGUUGCACAAGCAUAUCGAGGCCAAAGAUGAGCAGAUAGCUCGGCUGAAGGAUGAGAAUGACGAACUGCAGGAGCUAGCCGAGCAUGUUCAGUACAUGGCUGACAUGAUUGAGAGGCUGACCGGGAAGAGUCCAGACAGCCUGGAGGAAAUAAGGGGGCUCGCCCUUGAUCAGGAGGACAAAGCGGAGGAUGGAGCGAACGAAGAGUCAGAUUGCAGUGAGGCGGAAGAGGAGCAAACUUCAGACCAAGAUCAGGAUUAACGGACAUCACAAAGGAUACUUGACUCUUUGGAAGCUGCUACAAGUUGACAAGUAAAUUCAUUCAGCUGUGAAUGUAAGGGUGUGCUUUGGACCACUUAUUUUGCACAAUUUGAAUCCGACUCCAAACGAGCCACAAAGUCUGACCUGGAUAAUGAAAGUGGAAUGGCGGCCGAGCAGCGAGUCUUGCUCAUGACUCAAUUGUCUUGUUAAACGUCACCUGGGUUAUUUCAUGUUGCAACAAAAGCAAGCAUUUUAAUUUUAUUUUUUUAAUAUAAAUAUAAACGCUCCCCCCCCCCCAUACUGGCAUUUACCAAAAGCCACCCCCCUUCACCGUGACACUGAUGUACAUACUGUAAUUUUAAAAUAAACAC